ACAGAGUUUCUUAUUUUUUUUAGUUCUUUUUGCAUUUGGAGUUGGACAAGAAAGUUGAAUAUGGGACAGGCUGCCACAGGCACCGACUGUGUGGGAAAAAGACAAGGGGAGAUAGAUUGCAGGAAAUGCUGUUUACAUGAUUUUAUAGAAUUUCAUAGAAUUUCAACCAUUUCACCUACUUUGACAUGGACCCACGAUGGGACUACGAGCAACGAUAUGCACAACAACAACCACCACCACCAUCACCACAAUAUCCAUAUCGCCCAUUUCCACCACCACAAGGACCUGCGUAUGGCCCAGGACCUCCAUCACCUUCACUCCCACCACCCCCUUACGCCAGAAUCUUUUCACCCAUGGGAUCACCAAUGGGAACUCCAAUGCCUGUAGCGUACCCGCGCACCAAAGCACCUACACCGGUUGAGAAAAACGUGUUAUUCCCACAGGGGAGUAAAGUGCCUACUGCAUACGGUAUCAAACGGGGUGAAAUGCAACAGGAGACAUACAAGGAUGUGAAUUGCUGUCGUCAAAACUGUUGUUGUUGCAUCCCGCGGAGUCGGCGGGGUAAAAAGGGGUGUGCGGCUAUUGUGGUUUUGUUGUUGGUUGGGUUGGGUCUUUUGGGAUAUUUCUUUUUUCCUAGGAUACCGGAUAUAAAGUUUGAGAACCUGGCGCUCGCAAAUCUCCCCCCAAACGAAUUAAUGCAAUUUAAGCUCCCGGAUGCGACGAAUAGUACCUUUUCAGCGUCCUUGAUGCUCACAAUGACAAUAUCGUUAAAGAGUGAGAAUUAUUAUGCGAUUUAUUUGAAGCAGUUGGAUGUUACGGCCUUUGUUGAUACCUCGUUACCGACCUCUUCCGUCAAACCCACCCGCCAACCCAUCGGCAAGGGCACUCGCACCAAUGUCCGAUUUCCAUCCCGCUCCACCACCCAAUUUACGCUCAACUUUACUUUAACCUACACUUCUCCCACGGGCAUCGCAGGCAUCAUCGCCGAUCCAGCCUUUAACCAACUCCUCGCAUCCUGUAAUAUAGAAAACUUUACAAACAGCCCAGCAGGCAAACCCGUUAAAAUCGACUACACCGCCGCCGUAUCCGUCGUCCCGCUCUCAACAUUUAAUCUACGACCGAAAUUAGAAGGGAGUUUUGAUUUCGGGUGCCCGUUCUCUGGACCGCUGCUUGAACGGAUUCAAGCGGUUUUGGCUGGUGUCAAGAGUGGGCAAGUUCCUAUAGGGGAUUUAACCAAGGCGUUGUUGACUGCCUUGCAGGAUCAGCCUUUGGGUGCGCUUGCUGGGCAAGCCUUGGGUAGAAAGAAGCAAUCCUAGAUGGAUCCCGACAAUUUAUAAAAUCUUGUAAUUUUUUUUUCGCAUGUAUGUAUUUAUAUUUCUCUGUUGAUAGACUCGCGUUUUCUGUAUACACUUUAGAUUUAUACAUUCAAACCUAUGUCAUGAAAAUAAAUAAACGGAUCACAUGACCGAGGUCGGAGUUUUAAAAAAAGGCAACCC